UGCCACGCCCCGGCCGGUGCUGUGAGAGCCUCAGCCAUGCUGUUCUGGCACACGCAGCCCGAACACUACAACCAGCACAACUCUGGCAGCUACUUGCGUGAUGUGCUGGCUCUGCCCAUCUUCAAGCAGGAGGAACCUCAGCUAUCUCCUGAGAAUGGGGCCCGCUUGCCACCCCUACAGUAUGUGCUGUGUGCCGCCACCUCUCCAGCGGUGAAGCUACAUGAAGAGACCUUGACAUACCUCAAUCAAGGUCAGUCAUAUGAAAUCCGGCUGCUGGAGAAUCGGAAGCUAGGGGACUUCCAAGAUCUGAACACGAAAUACGUGAAGAGCAUCAUCCGUGUUGUUUUCCAUGACCGCCGGCUGCAGUACACGGAAUACCAGCAGUUAGAAGGAUGGAGGUGGAGCCGGCCUGGGGACCGCAUCCUGGACAUUGAUAUUCCACUGUCUGUUGGUAUCUUGGACCCCAGGGCCAGCCCAACCCAACUGAAUGCUGUGGAGUUUUUGUGGGACCCUGCAAAGAGAGCAUCUGCAUUCAUUCAGGUGCACUGUAUCAGCACAGAAUUCACCCCCAGGAAGCACGGGGGUGAGAAGGGAGUGCCUUUUCGGGUGCAGAUUGACACGUUUAAACAGAACGAGAAUGGGGAAUACACAGAGCAUCUACACUCUGCCAGCUGCCAGAUCAAGGUGUUCAAGCCCAAAGGAGCUGAUCGGAAACAGAAGACUGACCGGGAAAAGAUGGAAAAAAGGACAGCUCAGGAGAAGGAGAAGUACCAACCAUCCUAUGAAACCACCAUCCUCACUGAGUGCUCUCCGUGGCCUGACGUACCCUACCAGGCGAACAGCACUCCAUCCCCAAGCUACAAUGGCUCGCCCAACAGCUUUGGCCUCCGUGAAGGUAACAGCUCACCUAAUCACCCGGUGGAGCCCUUACCCCUGGGCAGUGAUCACCUGCUCCCAUCAGCCUCUAUCCAGGAUGCACAGCAGUGGCUGCACCGCAACCGCUUCUCACAGUUCUGCUGGCUCUUCGCCAGCUUCUCAGGUGCUGACCUGCUGAAGAUGUCCAGAGAUGAUUUGGUCCAGGUCUGUGGCCCUGCGGAUGGAAUUCGGCUCUUUAAUGCCAUCAAAGGCAGAAAUGUGAGGCCAAAGAUGACCAUCUAUGUCUGUCAGGAGCUAGAGCAGAACCAACUACCCCUGCCACAGAAGCAGGAUGACAAUGGGGACAACAACCUGUGUGUAUACCAUGCUAUCUUCCUGGAAGAGCUGACUACCCUGGAGCUGACAGAGAAGAUCGCCAGCUUGUACAGCAUUCCCGCACAGCACAUCCACCGGGUCUAUCGGCAGGGUCCUGCUGGUAUCCAUGUGGUGGUAAGCAAUGAGAUGGUUCAGAAUUUCCAAGAUGAGUCUUGUUUUAUCCUCAGCACGUUAAAAGCAGAAAGUAAUGAUGGCUACCACAUCAUCCUGAAGUGUGGACUCUGAGCAGCAGUGCCUGUGCCUGUCCCCGCCCCAUGGAUCUCUGGCUGUAGAAGGUGCACCACUGUCAGCAGCUGUCUCACCUGACAAGCUCAGACCAGAAGGGACUCUGCCCAGACCAGGAAAGCUACAGACGACCAUGGACACAAAGUCUGGCAUACAGAAAGCCAGUUGGUCCCCUUUUCCUUUCUUCUUGGCUUUUAGCUUUUUAACAGUUUCUUGUUCUAUUUCCCAGGCAGACAGUGGGAACAUGCAUCUCUUAAAACCCUGAGCCCUGUAGUUGGAGGCUCCUUUGGUGUAUUGGUCCUUCCUAACUAUUUUCUUGCCUCACCCUGAUCCUGCACCUUCUUCUCGAGUCUCUGUCUUCAUGGCUAGCUUUGCCAACCUCACAGGGACACCACA